GGGUAUGGCUGUAGGUAAAUCAGAAAGUAGGUGCCGGUAGAUAAGGUUAUUUACGACAUCACGUUUUUUUCCACUAUAUUAAUAUCAAAAGGUUGCCUUUUAGAACGACAUUUACAUAAACAGAAAUGGCAGCACAGUUCUUCAACAGAGUCGGACAGAUUGGAUUAGGAGUAGCACUAGUUGGUGGAGUUGUGAAUUCUGCGUUGUACAAUGUUGAUGGAGGUCAUCGGGCUGUAAUAUUUGAUAGAUUUUCUGGAAUCAAAAACCAGGUGGUAGGAGAAGGUACACACUUCUUCAUUCCUUGGAUACAACGUCCAAUCAUAUUUGACAUUAGAUCCAGACCCAGGAAUGUUCCUGUUGUUACAGGGAGCAAAGAUUUGCAAAAUGUCAACAUCACGCUUCGUAUUCUCUUUCGACCUACUCCAGAUCAGCUGCCUCGUAUCUACACAAUUCUUGGUAUCGACUAUGAUGAAAGGGUUCUGCCUUCAAUUACCACAGAGGUGUUAAAGGCUGUUGUUGCUCAGUUUGAUGCUGGGGAGUUGAUCACACAACGAGAACUUGUAUCUCAAAAGGUCAGUGAAGAUUUGACAGAACGAGCUUUACAGUUUGGCGUCAUCUUGGAUGAUAUAUCAAUAACACAUUUAACAUUUGGCAAAGAGUUCACACAGGCUGUGGAAUUGAAACAGGUUGCUCAGCAAGAGGCAGAGAAGGCUCGCUUUCUUGUAGAGAAGGCUGAGCAACAGAAGAAAGCAGCAGUUAUAUCAGCAGAGGGGGAUGCUCAGGCCGCAAUACUGCUUGCCAAAUCAUUUGGAGAAGCUGGUGAGGGUCUUGUGGAGUUGAGGAGAAUUGAAGCAGCUGAAGACAUUGCCUACCAACUGUCCCGCUCACGACAAGUGGCUUACCUACCUGCAGGACAAAACAUACUACUCAACUUACCAGCACAAUAAAACACUGCUACAUCCCAACCUUGCUGUCAGGAUUCUUUCAGCAUAUAGGACUUGCAUAAACAGUAACAUUAUGUGCGUCUUGUAGACUGUGAGAAGUCUAUGUUUAUUGAAUUUUUUAAAAAGCUUCAGAUUAUGUUAUAGAACAUAAUACAGGGUCUUUUCCUGUGAGAGGAAAACGUUUUAUUUUCAAGAUA